ACUCAGUCGUGGUGUGUUUUUCGAGCAAGCAAGAGAACUCGCCUGAACAGGCGCAAUCAAGACGGUGCAAAUUUAAGACCUGAGUAUCAGAAUAUUUGUGUCCAAAAGUGACGCCAUAAGAAUUGUGCUAAGAGACGUUUGGUGGGUUCAGUUAUAAAAAACUCACAAAAGGGUUGUAUACACCAUGUCCAGAUACGAGUAUACAGCUUAUAGGAGAUCCGGUUCCUAUUAUGAACCAGGCGGCUAUGCGUUCCAGGUACAACAGCGCACCAACAUGACUCAACGGGAGGGCAUUCACAAGUUUGAAAAUGAGCGUAUCAAAACGCUACAGGAGGAGCGUUUGCAUAUCCAGAAGAAAACGUUUACAAAAUGGAUGAACUCGUUUCUGGUGAAGGCCAAGAUGGAGGUCGACGACCUGUUCAUCGAUCUGGCAGACGGUAUAAAGCUUCUGAAGCUGCUGGAAAUCAUCUCCGGUGAGAAGCUGGGCAAGCCAAACAGUGGCCGCAUGCGUGUACAUAAAAUAGAGAAUGUUAACAAAAGCUUGGCCUUUCUGCACACGAAGGUUCGCCUGGAAUCGAUCGGUGCGGAAGACAUCGUAGACCAUAAUCCCCGCCUUAUUCUCGGCCUGAUUUGGACGAUCAUUCUUCGUUUCCAGAUUCAGGAGAUCGAAAUCGACGUGGACGAAGAAAACGAGUCAUCGGAAAAGAAAUCCGCCAAAGAUGCAUUAUUGCUGUGGUGCCAGCGAAAAACCCAUGGAUACCAACAUGUGCACAUUACCGAUUUUACCAACUCGUGGCGUUCGGGUCUCGGCUUCAAUGCACUUAUUCACUCACAUCGGCCUGAUUUGUUCGAUUACAACAGCCUCAUGCCCGGACGGAACAUUGAAAAUCUCAACCAUGCGUUUGAUGUUGCGGAGCGGGAGCUUGGUAUUCCGCAGCUGCUGGACGCCGAAGAUAUCGACACAGCCAGACCGGACGAAAAAUCGAUCCUCACGUACGUUGCCUCAUACUAUCAUACGUUCGCCCGGAUGAAGAGCGAACAAAAGGGCGGAAAGCGUAUUGCAAACAUUGUCAACAAACUGAUGGAUGCGGACAAAAAGAAAAUGCAGUUCGAGCACUUGAUAACGAACCUGCUGAGCUGGAUACGGGCCAAGACGGUGGAGUUGGAGAAGCGCAACUUCCCCAACUCUGUCGAGGGCAUUCAGGGUGAGCUGCUUGCGUUCAAGGAGUACCGUACGGUAGAAAAGCCACCCAAGUACAAGGAGCGCAGUGAGAUCGAGGCCCUUUACUUUCAUGUGAAUACGCUUCUUAAAUCGCUGAAUCAACCGCACUAUACCCCGCAGGAUGGUAAGAUGAUAAACGAUAUCGAGAAAGCAUGGCAGCGUCUGGAAAAUGCGGAACAUAACAGGGAAGUCGCACUGCGUGACGAACUUUUGCGACAAGAGAAGCUGGAGCAGCUAAACUUCAAGUUUGAGAAAAAGUCCGUCCUGCGUGAAGGAUAUCUGAACGAGAUGAUACAGGUGCUGACGGAUCCUCGUUACGGCCCUGCCUUGCGGCAAGUGGAUGCCACCGUGAAAAAGCACGAAGCCAUCUCGGCCGAUAUCCUGGCUCGUGCCGAUCGGUUCAAUGAUCUGACCGAUAUGUGCAACGAACUGCACCAAGAGAACUAUCACGGUAAGGAUCGUGUGAAGAAGCGCGAGCUGGAAGUCAUCACGAAGUGGAAAGAGUUGCUAGAGCUGCUGGAAAAUCAUAAGCUGAAGCUGUCGCAGAUGAGUUCUUUGAUGAAUUUGUUGCGGGAGAUCGACGCAACGAUGACAACCAUAAAGGCACUUCAAGCACAGUUUGCCUCAGAGGAUGUAGGGCCGCACCUGUUGGGGGUGGAAGAACUUCUGCAGGCUCACUCCUUGCUUGAGCUACAGGUCACAACGCUUGGAGAGACGCAGCGUCGCUAUGUGCGGCAGGGUGAAGCGUUCAAAAGGGGAGAUUACAAAGAUACGAGUCAGCUGGACGCAAAGCUAGCCGAAUUGGCCAAGUUGUAUGAGGAACUUUUGGCAAUGAGCGCAGCUCGGCGUGCACGUUUGGAUGAAGCCCGCGAUUUUUACCAGUUCGUGGAGGAUCACGAGAACGAGGAAGGUUGGUUGGUGGAUAAGCAGCGCAUAUGUAAGGCAGGCAUCACGGCAAAGGAUCUGCGAGCUGUCAUGUCACUUCAGCAGAAGCAUAAAGCGCUGGAAGAUGAGAUGAAAGUACGAAAACCAAAAUCCAAUCAGAUCACCGAAGCAGGAAAGAAGCUGAUAGUGGAUAAACAUUCACGUAUGUCGGAUGUGCAAGGAAAGAUUGAUUCGCUCCAGGAGCACUGGAAAGCACUGGAAGAUCUGGUGGACUUGCGGAAGCGACAGCUCGAGGACGCUGCUGAAGCUUACCAGUACUAUGCCGACGCGAAUGAAGCAGAUUCGUGGUUGAAUGAAAAAAUGGCAUUGGUUGCUUCGGAUGACUUUGGCGUAGAUGAACCUUCGGCCCAAGCACUGCUGCAGCGUCAUCGGGACCUGCAAGGAGAGCUGAACGCUUACUCGGGCGACAUUUUGAAUUUGAAUCAGCAGGCGGAAAAGCUGAUCAAGGCAGGAAUUUGCACGCUUGACUUGUCGGCCGAACCGGAACCUGUGCAAGAAAUGGAACAAGAAGAGUGGGUCAAUGAGACGCGUUUGGUCCCGAAGGAGGUGUGGGAAGAUGAGCCUGUAGAGCGGCUAGAGCAUCGCACAGUGACAGAGAACAAGUUGCUUCCGCACGUUCAAGCUUUGUAUCGCUUCGACGGUCAAAACAUGAAAGUGGCCAAAGGGGACGUAAUGAUUCUGCAAAACAAAAACAACGUUGAUUGGUGGAACGUUCGCAAGCUUGACGGUACGGAAGGAUUUGUGCCGGCAAAUUAUGUGAAGGAAAUCGAACCACGGCCCGUUCCCUGUCUGGUACGCAAAGCAGAAAAGGUAAAAGGUAUGCAGAAGGUGAAGAAAACUAUCCUGGUAAAGGAGGUGAUACAGGUGAAGCGUGUGCGACCGGCAAAGGUUAGUCAGAUGAAGCCGCUCGUAAAACGUCGCGCAAAAGGUGACGAAUCGUCGGCUGUCGAUAGUAACGAUAGCGUUGAUAAGCGCCAAAAGCAUAUCAACGGUACGUACGAUCAGCUGCAGGAUCUAGCUGAAAGACGUCGCGCUUUGCUCGAGGACUCGAUCUGUCUGUUCCGUUUCUAUCGCGAAUGUGAUGAUUUCGAAAAAUGGAUAAAGGAUAAGGAAAAAAUGCUUCGUACCGACGAUCCGAAGGGUAGUGUGGAGACCGCGAGACGCCAGUUUGAAACAUUUGUAAAUGAUCUUUCCGCGUCUUCCAAGCGCGUCGAAGCGAUCGAUUCGGACGUGGAAGAUUUCGUGCGCCAGGGUCACUCGCAGCUGGACAAGGUGAAAGCUCGUCAGCGACAGAUCCACCAGAUGUGGGAACAUCUAAACUACCUGAAGGGACAGAAGGAGAAAAGUCUCGAGGGAGCAUCCAGCGUGGAAUUGUUCUAUCGCACGUGCGAAGAAGCGAUCGAUUGGAUGAACGAAAAGAUGACGCAGCUCGAUACGGCAGAGGUUGGCCCAGAUCUGAAGACCGUACAAGCGCUGCAGCGUCGUCAUGAAAAUCUUGAACGCGAGUUGGCUCCAGUGAAGGAGAAGGUAAGUCGAGUGAACCUGCUCGGCAAUACCGUGAAAAAUUCGUACCCUUCGGAGCGCGACAACGUCAGCGAAAAGCAACGCGAUAUUCAGAACCUGUGGCAAAAGGUGCAAGAAAAGGCGAAAGAACGACGGUCACGGCUGGAGAAUGCCGUCGGACAGCAAAUUUUCAACAACAGCACGAAGGCGCUGCUGAACUGGAUUGCGGAAUGUAACAACCAAUUGGCCGCCGAAGAAACUGCACGGGAUGUCGAGACGGCAGAAAAGUUGCUAAAAAAGCACAAAGAUUUGGGCGAGGAUAUUAACGCUCAUGAUGAUGAGUUUGUACAGCUUGCCAAACUUGGUCAGCAGAUUAUUGAGCGCAAUCCUGGCUUGACAGAAGAUCAUGAAAUGGCAAACAAGAUAGCCAAACUGGAGGCAGAGCGUCAGCGCUUGCAUGGUGCCUGGUUGGCGAAGGAGAAGAAGCUACAACAAUGCAUCGAGCUGCAAAUCUUUAACCGUGAGGCAGACAAAAUCGAUGCAACUACCAAGAGUCACGAGGCUUAUCUAGAAUACGAUGAUUUGGGUAACUCGUUAGACGAUGUGGAAGCUAUAAUGAAGCGACACAUUGAUUUUGAGAACUCUCUCGGAGCACAGGACAAGAUUUUGAAGAACUUCUCCGAAGGUGCCGAUCGGUUGAUUCGCAACAAUCACUACAACGCGACGUACAUCGAUGACCGACGAGGUCAGGUACUGGCUCGCCGGGAACGCGUAAAGGAGCUCGCCCAGAAGAGGCGAAAUGCACUGCAAGCAUCGAAAGAUUUCCAGAAGUUCUCGUCAGAUGUGGACGAUUUGAAUAGGUGGCUGGCGGACAAGACGAAAAUUGCAAGCGAUGAAAGCUACAAGGACCUUUCCAACCUGCCGCGUAAAUUGCAGAAGCACAAGGCCUUCGAGCGAGAGCUGCGAGCGAACGAGGGUCAGUUGCGUAUGGUCAACAAGGAGGGUGAGUCGUUGAUCAAGACAAACAACCGAGCGAGUGAGGUGAGCGAAACGCUUGCGGCCAUCAACCAGAACUGGAAGGACCUGGUGGCGACAUCCUUGGACAAGGGAAGGCGACUAGAACAGGCUGCACUGCAGCGGGAACAUAAUCGCUAUAUUGAAGACUCGAAGAGUAAGUUCGAGGAGCUGGAUCAUGCACUUCAGAGCAAGCAGGUGGGCAACGAUUUGCGUAGCUGCAAAGAGCUGAUGAACAAGCAUCAAGUGUUGGAAAAUGACAUUGCGCUUUGGGAGCAGAAGGUAGCGGAGCUGGUCACAACUGGAGAGGAGAUGGCGCACGAGGGCCACUUCGAUGCCAACAACAUUCAGAAUGAGACUAAAAAGCUACAAGCUCAGUUCGCUGGACUAAAGACACCGGCGCGUCAACGUCGCGAUGCGCUGGACGAAAGUCUACGUUUCCACAAAUUUGUGUUCGAGCUGGACACGGAGCUUCAAUGGAUCAAUGAGCACCUUCCGGCCGCGAAAUCAGAGGUAAUCGGCCAAAAUCUUCACCAAGCGCAGAGUCUUUCAAAGAAGCACAAAAAGCUGGAAGCGGAAAUCGAGGGACAUCAGCCGAUGAUUAACAAAACAUUAACAUCGGCUGAAAACCUGAUCAACCAGAACCAUCCGGAGAGGGCUAAAGUGAAAGAACUGUGCAACUCGCUUGAGAAAGCCUGGGCCGAUCUUCAAGAACAGUCUGCGGAACGGUCGCGUAAGCUGGAACUCUCGCUUAAGGCGCAACAGUAUUUGUCCGACGCGGGUGAAAUUGAAACAUGGCUGGGAGAACGCAACAAUGUGCUACGUUCGUCGGAUUACGGCCGUGAUCGAGACUCUGCUACCAAGUUGCUAACCAAGCACAAGGUUAUUGAACUAGAGUUGGACACCUACUCCGGUAUCGUGUCCGAGAUGGGUCACACAGCAUCGGCAAUGAUCGCGGCGAAACAUCCCGACAGCAAAGUCAUUGCAGCCAAACAACAGUUGAUCGAGAAGAUGCUUAAAUCGUUGCAGCGGCUUGCCGGCCAGCGGCAGCUGCGCUUGAUGGAAAGUCUGUAUCGACACGAGUACUUCGUUGAGUCUGCCGAGCUGGAACAGUGGAUUAAGGAGCAAGAACAGGCAGUCAAUUCGGAGGAUUAUGGUCAUGAUUAUGAACACUUGCUGAUUCUUCAAAACAAGUUCGACGACCUGAAACAUCGCAUCGAAGUUGGAGCGGAGCGAUUCAAUCAAUGUGAAAACUUUGCAAAAAAGCUGAUCGGUGGAGAUAGUCCGUAUGUUUCGGAAAUUGAAAAACGGCAAGAACUCUUAAGCAAUGCUUGGCAACAUCUCCUUGAGCAGCUGGACGCUCGUGAAAAGAAACUUCACGCUGCUGGCGAAAUUCACAGAUUCCAUCGUGAUGCAGCCGAAGCUUUGUUCCGUAUUCAGGAUAAGAAUGCUGCUCUAUCCAGUGAAUUGGGAAAAGAUUUGAACUCUGCUCUGGCGCUUGCCCGCAAACAUGAAGCAUUUGAAAACGAGCUAGUGCCUCUCGAAGCUCAGCUGCAGGUGUUGGUGGACGACUCAUUGCGUCUGCAAACGAAAUAUCCUGGCGACAACGCAAAGGCCAUAGCGGCUGAGCAGGAAAAUGUAAUCCAGUACUGGAAUGUGCUGAAAGAGAAGUCGGCUCUGCGCAAUGAUCAACUGCACGCAAGCUGCGAUCUGCAGCACUUCCUAACGCAGGUACGCGAUCUGAUGUCGUGGGCAACCAACUUACGAGCGGCGCUGCAAGCUGAAGAACAUGUGAGCGAUGCCGCAGGGGCGACUGCUUUGAAGAUUCAGCACGACGCCAUAUACGGCGAAAUCGAGGCCCGUGAGCAAACGUUCCGCGAGUUGAAUGAGCUCAGCGAUUCCAUGGUUCAAACAGGCCAUUACGCGGCGACGGAGGUAGAAGAAAAAUGUUCCGCCCUGCUGGACGAGCGAGCAAAGCUGCAUUCCGCGUACAACAAGAAGAAAAUCUUGCUUGAACAAAAGAUCGACCUGUUCUGCUUCAUGCGGGAUGCGAAGGUUAUCGACAAUAUUUCCAGCGGCCAGGAAGCUACAUUAUCCAGCUCAGACUUUGGGCAAACGGUCGAGGUAGUGCAGGAUCAGGUUAAGCGGCAUGAAGCAUUCGAGAAGCUGAUCCAAACACAGGAUGAAAAGGUUGCGAUACUGCAGGAGCACGGUCGUAAGCUAGUCGAACAGAAUCACUACGACAGCGAGAACAUUCGUCGACGCUUGCGGGAGAUCGUGGAACGGCGCCAAAAGGUGAAAGACUUGUGCGCAUUGCGCCGCCAGAAGCUGGCAAAUGCAUUGCUCUAUGCGCAAUUCAUUCGCGACUGUGCUGAGGCUGGAGCAUGGAUCAACGAAAAGCAAAAGAAGCUUGAAGCGGAUGCCCACAGCUACGCCGGUGCCAGCAACAUGGAGGAUAAGGUGAAAAAGCUAAAGAAACUGCAGGCAUUCGAUGCGGAAGUAAACGCCAAUGAGGGCCGAAUCCGGGAGGUGCGUGACAAGGGUGAGAAGUUGAUCGCCAAAAAGCACGAAUGCGCUGGAGAGAUCCAGGAUGAGUUGGUGAAGUUGAUGCAAUCUUGGAACGUGCUUUUGAACGAGCUGGCCUCCAGAAGCCGCGGAUUGAAGGAGGCCCAAGAUAUUUUGGAGUUCAAUACACAGCUGGAUAAACUCGAGGCUUGGAUCCGCGACAAGGAAAUGAUGAUCCAUGCCGGUGAAACGGGACGCGAUUUGGAGCAUUGCAAUGCCUUGCGACGGAAGCUGGACGACGUGGAUAGUGACAUGCGCGUGGAUGAUCAGCGCAUCAAGAAUAUCAACCAGCUGGCGGAUAAGUUGGUUAGCCAGGACAAAGUCGAAGGAAAGAAUGUGCAACAACGCAGAGAAAACUUUAACAACAAAUGGAAGUCGCUGCAAGGUGCACUGAGUCGUUAUCGCGAUCUGCUUGCCGGAGCGUAUGAAAUACACGUAUUCAAUCGAGACGUGGACGAUACAGCUGAACGCAUUGCUGAGAAGAUGCUUGCAAUGAGCGUAGACGAUACCGGGCGCGAUCUCAUCGCUGUCGAAGCGCUGAAACGUAAGCAGGAAGCUAUCGAACGAGACAUGACGGCGGUGGAGCAAAAGAUUCGCGAACAUGAAACGAGCGCUGCGGCACUGGCCGACAAGUAUCCGGACAACGCAAUCAACAUCGUGGAGAAACUGGACGAGCUUAGAAAACAGUGGAAUGAGCUCCAGAACGCUAGUGUGAAGCGCGCUGAAAUGCUAAAGCAAGGAUACACAGCGCACAAGUUCACCGCAAACGUGAAAGAACUGGAGCUGUGGGCUAAUGAAAUGAUUAAGCGCAUGGACUCGGCCAGCAACCCAGCCACUAUCGCAGAUUGCGAGGCACAGAUUCAGCUACAUCACGAGCGCAAGGCGGAAAUCGAUGGACGAGAUCUCGUUUUCCGGGACUUGCAAGAACACGGCGAGCGUUUGGUGGCAGAGAACCGCGAAUCUUCAGUGCGCAAUGACCAUGUGGAAAAGGCGUUGCGCAAUUUGGAAGAUCUGAACAAACAUCUGCACGAUUCGUGGAAGGGCCGUUUCCGUGGUCUGAAGGAGGCCCACCAGCUGCAGCUGUUCAAAGAGCAGGCCGACCAGAUCGUGGAGUGGUUAACCAACAAAGAAGCGUUCUUGAACAAUGAUGAUCUUGGCGAGUCGUUCACAGCGGUGGAGGCACUGAUCAAGAAGCAUGAAGCGUUUGAAAAGCUGCUACACUCAAACCGCAUCGGCGAAUUGGAGCGAUUUGCGGAGGAAAUUUUGGCCGAAAGUCCAUUCGAAGCGGACGUGAUCAAGCAGCGACUGUAUGCAGUGGUCAGCCGCAAGGACAAACUACUUGCGUCGGCAGAAAUGCGGAAGCAAAAGCUGCAGGAAAGUCUGCAGCUACAGCAAUUCCUGCGAUCGCUGUACGAGGUUGAAAAAUGGACCAAUCAGAAGAUGCAAAUCGCGCUAGAUGAGAACUAUCGGGAGCCGAGCAAUUUGCAGAGCAAAAUUCAGAAGCAUGCCGCUUUCGACGCGGAGCUCCUUGCCAAUUCCGGCCGUGUGACGGCCGUUAUUGAGGAAGGCGAGUCUUUGAUUAACGCCGAACACUACGCUAGCAGCUUGGUACAGGAGCAGCUGGAUAUAGUCGAGAACGAGUGGCAGAAGCUGCGCGAAGCGUCUCGCGAGAAGAAAGAGCGUCUGGCGGAGGCGUAUGAAGCGUUGUUGUUCCAGCGCAGUCUGGAAGAUUUCAACAACUGGAUGGAUGAGGUGGAGGCGCAAUUGUCUUCCGAAGAUUAUGGCCGCGACUUGGCAUCCGUGCACAAUCUGCUGAAGAAGCACGACAUGCUCGAGGCCGACGUUGCCCACCAUGCGGAUACAUGCGAACAGAUCAAGGCAACGGACGCCAAGAUGCUGUCUUCUGACCACUUCUUGAAGGACGAACUGCACGAGAGUGCGAUGGUCACGAUUAAACGCUUCCAUUCGCUGCACGAACCUACCACAAUACGCCGGGACAAUUUGGAAGACUCGCUUCAGUUGCACCAGUUCCUGCGCGAUGCCGAAGAUGAGCUGCUUUGGCUGAACGAGAAAGAACCGCAGGCAGCAUCGAAGGAUCUGGGUAGCAGCCUAACCGCGGUACAGAGCCUGCAGAAGAAGCAUCAGGCCCUUGAGGCGGAGAUCUUGAUUCAGGAACCAAUCAUAUCGGCCCUGGUGCAGCGUGGGCAACAGAUGAUCCGUGACAAUCACUACGCCGUGGAGCAAAUCGAGCGACAGUGUGGUCAACUGCAGAGCAAGCUGGUAAACCUGCGCCAUCUGACCAACGUCCGGCGGCUGCGACUGUUGGACGCUGUGGAGAGCCAACAGUUUUACGCGGAAGCAAACGAGGCAGAGUUUUGGUUGCGCGAGAAGAAACCAAUCAUUUCAUCGCAGGACUAUGGCAAGGACGAAGAUUCCGUAGCCUCGUUGCAGAAGAAGCUGGAUGGGCUUCAGCGUGAACUGGGUGCGUUCAAGCCGACGGUGGAGAAAAUUGAAACCCUUGCCAGUGGUCUGCAAGCUCGUGGACACUUCGAUAGUGAGAAGAUCAAGAGCAAAAACGAUAAAAUUCAGUACCAGUUCCAGGAGCUGAACCGGUUGGCAGCGGAGCGCGAAAAGAAGUUGGCCGAAAUGAAGAAGCUGUACGAGUUUGUGCGUGAGAUCGAUGAUCUGCAGGAGUGGAUCGAAGUCCAGAUGACUACGGCCGGUUCCGAGGAGUACGGUACGGAUGUAGAACACGUCGAGCAACUGACGGCACAGUUUGAAUCCUUUGUAUCGAACCUGAACGCGAAUGAGUCACGUUUGACGGCCUGUGUAGCCAAGGGUGAAGCACUGCUGAGCGAGGGCAAUCCCAACCGCGACACAAUCAAGGCGAAACGCGAUGAAACUAAGCAGCUGUGGGAGGAGCUGAAAGAUCUGGUGGUGGCCCGCCAGGAAGCGUUGGCCGGCGCCCGACAGGUACACGUGUUUGAUAGAACUGCUGACGAGACGAUCGCUUGGAUCAACGAGAAGAUAUCGUCCGUGCUGUCGGAGGAUUAUGGCCACGAUCUGGAGACGAUACAAUCGCUCGUACGUACACACGAAGCUUUCGAGGCGGAAUUGGGCGCGAUCAAGGAGCAGCUGGAGUCGGUUGUAAAUGAAGCCCAAAAGCUCGCGGACACGUAUCCCGACGCAAAGGAACAUAUUGAGGUGAAGCGUGACGAAACGAUCGAGGUGUGGUCCGAGCUGAAAGACCGAACAGUUCAGCGUAAGGAGAAGCUUACGCAGGCCGAGCAAUUGCAGGCCUACUUUGAUGAGUAUCGCGAUUUGAUGGCUUGGAUCAAUGAGAUGCUGGCGAAGAUCACCGCACCGGAUCUGGCUAAGGAUGUUGCCGGUGCAGAGGCACUGAUCGGUAAGAUCAAGGAGCAUCGAACCGAAGUGGACGCUCGAAAGGAAGCGUUCGAAGUGUUUAACCGUACUGGGCGGAAAUUGAUCCAAGACAAGCACUUCCUGGCCAACGAAGUGCAGGACAAGAUUGCCGUUCUGGAGCAGCGCAAACGCUUGCUCGACAAUACGAUCGUGCAACGUUUGGAGAUGUACGAGCUUAAUUUGGAUACGCAGCGAUUCCUAAAAGAGGCGGAAGACAUGGAAAGCUGGAUCAUUAGUCGUCAAAUGCAACUGAAAGAAUCGAAGCUGGGAGACUCAAUCGCACAGGUUGAGGAUUUGCUACGAAAGCACGAAGAUUUCGAGAAAACAGUUGCCGCUCAGGAGGAGAAAGUGUUGGCAUUGAAACGCAUCACACUGCUCGAGCAGAAGUUUAAGAAGCAGCUCGAAGCAGAACAGGCGGCCCGCAUCGCCGAGAAGGAACGAAUCGAGCGCGAACGCCAUGAAGCUCUUAAGCAGAAGGAGGUACAAAGGAUCACGGAAGAACGGCGUCGUCGGGAACCGAUCUCGAUCAAUGGCUACAACGACGGGCUCGGUCCGGUUUCGGGCAUGGUCAGUAGUCCGUCUGGUCCUUUGUCGCCUGUCGGAGCCAGUGUGAUGACUGAUCGCAAAGACUCGUCUGCGUCGGGCGGCAUGAUGAACAUUAGCGGCGGUAUGACUGCCGGCAAUGUGAGCGGUGCAGACCAAACCAGUCCGGUGCAGAAAUCGAACUCGUUCGCAACGAUGCUUCAGGAGCGCUUGCGACGUGGCUCAGAUAGCAAUAUCAAGCGGGCAGAGAGCAUGAAGAUGGGCCUGAAACCGGUCAAGCGUGCACCCUCGUUCACGACACGCCGGCGUGCGCAGAGUUUCCGCAAGAAUCAGCGGGCCGGUGGGCCAGGAUCCGAGUCGGACGCUUCGCUUCUGCCGCCGGUAGAGAUACAGGGAAUGCUGGAACGUAAGCACGAACUGCAAUCCGGUGGCAAGAAAGCUCCGGUACGUUCGUGGAAACCGUUCUACACCGUGCUGUGCGGUCAGCUGCUGUGCUUCUUCAAGGAUGGGGAAGACUUUGCGAUGCAAAAGGCGGCCACUGCCCCCGUCAACAUACUGAACGCCAAAUGCGAGCGGGCGGAAAACUAUACCAAGAAGAAGAACGUGUUCCGGCUGGUGUUGCUCGAUGGUUCGGAGUUCCUGUUCAUGACCAACUCGAAGGAAUCGCUGAGUGAAUGGGUGAACAAGCUGGCCUUCCAUGCUGCCCUGCCACCAAACCUGCAACUCCUGAGCUACGACGAGUCGAUGAAGCAAAACAACAGUGCGCCGGACAUGAAGUCGAUCAGCUCCGCUCAAUCCCCAACGCCCGAUCGAAGUGAUGCUGCGUCGUCGAUAAGCUCACGCACGUCAUCGCCGGAUAGUCAGCGUCGGGAUUCACGGACUUCGCUAAACAGUGCCAAAUCAGGAUCGGGUAGUAACGGUAGCUUCCACACACCGCAGACCAACUUUUUGCAGAAACAGAAAGAAUUACGCGAGCAGGAGCUACAGCAUCAACGUUUAUCUUCCGGCCAACAACAGUAUAGCAAUCUGCCUUCACCAACAUCACCAGGGCCAGCCGUGCCGGAAGUGUUUGGAUUAGCCGAUAAGCCACCGAUCCCACCGCGUGGUAUGCCUCCGCCGGUUCCGCAACGCCAAUCCAGUACGGACAAUGUGUUGAACAAUAACGGUUCAGUGCAGAUGCGUUCCAAGGCAGGCACUACCAGUAGUCCGAACGGAAGUGAUUACGAUAAUGCCAACCUUACCGGUGUAAAUCGACCUUAUUCAUUACAACCGGGAGCGAUGCCCAACAAGCCUCCUCAAGCUGGAUCGCAAAAUGGUAACGUGCCUGGCGAGGAUGUGUGGCUGCGCAACAGUGAAAUACGCACGUCAGAAUAUUCAGUUCCACCUCUCCCAGCAACAUCGCCACCGCUGAGCACGUUUACACCGCUAAAGCCACCGUCAGGUUAUCAGCAUUCGAUGCAGCACCAGCAGCAGCAGCAGCAACAGCAACAGCAACAACAACACUACCAAACGCCAUCAUCUACGGGGACAUCAACCUUCCAUCCUCAUUCACAGCAGCAACCACAUCAAAAGCAACAGAUUGAUCAGUUCAUUCGACGGGAACAACAACAACAGCAUGGUGGAAGCAAUUCCUCGCCCCAACGUGUACCGUCGACUGCGUCGGUCGGAAACAAUGGGACCUCCCGUACGACGUGGCAUCAUCCAAUGGUGCCUACGCAACCGACGACCGGCAAUGGAUCCGGCGGCAGUACAAACAGUGACCAUCCGGUGUAUCACAACAAUGGCAACGGUGGCAAACAUGGCCAUCAUCACAACUAUCCGCAUCAUCAUGUGCAAGGAAACAUGGCACCGCCACCACAGCCACCACCUCAUAUGAAUAUGAAUAGCAACAGCAGCAACACCUUUGGCAACAGUAUCAACCUGGACGGCUUCAGCACCGGCUGGGGUCAGACUAGAUUCGACUCUACGCGACCGACCUCGCUGCCUCCCGCAAGCAACAACAACAACAACAACACUGGUACUGGCAGCAGCACGAGCGGUGGCGGCAGCAGCACCUCGAUGGGUCAGGACUUUGGUCUACUCGUUUCCGGCAGCGGCACUGGCGGACGGCACCAUUCGGCCGAAAGCUCUAGCGAAAGUGAAGCUAGCUUCAUUAAGGGUGGCAAGGAGGGAAGCGGCAAAGAUAAGAAGGGAGUUUUUAGAAUAUUUUCCAAAAAGAAGUCGAAAAACUCGAGUUAGAAGAAGGAUGGAGAGGGAAAAGGUAGAGCAGAAAUCAGAAAUCAGACGUUAAAAAUGUUUUAAAAGUGGUUUCGGGUUUCUUCCCCCGUUAUUUAGCCAAGUAGGAAGGAAAAGCCCCCCUUCAUUAUUGUGUACACCAAGAAGGAACUUCAUUUAUAUUUGCCACAAAUGGUACAUACAUAAAAGCACACACAUUUGCCGUAUGUAGUAUGUAGGUUUUGUUUUGUUUUUAUAUGCCCUUUAUUGCAAAGUGUCGCGCGCGCCGUGUGUUAGAAAAUAACCGUUUCAUAUUAGUUAUCCGUUAUAUUUGAAUGGGCAAUGAGCAAAAGUGCAUCAUUUAUAUAUAUAAACCUGUAUUUUAUCGUAAACUUUUCGCUUCUCGGCAGCGCACCGCUCUUAUCUGCUUGUUUGUUCAUGCUGCGGUUCAUUUAGUCCCUUCAUUAGAUCGUGUAUGUGUUUUUUAGUGAACUAAGAUGUGAAGGUUUGUGUGCAGCUAACAGGCAAAGCAUCCAAUUUAGGUUUAAAGGGAAGAGAUAAGGGAAAACAAGAAAAAAAAUAACACGAAAAAAAGGAAACAUUGGCAGCGCUAUCAAUCGUAUUCUAAUGGAUUAGUUAGUAAUCUGUAGCUCUGUUGUUAUAUUUGCACGUCUUACUGCAGCAGAAUGUUAGCGAACAGUCUUUAAACAAAAUGGCACUAGUUUCUAGACGUAUAAUACGCGUAGAAAAGGUACGUAUUUAGCAUGUAGCCACUAUUGUUUGAUCAAGUUUUUAGAGUCGAUAGAUGAUGAAUGUAUGUUUUAGCAGAUCGAUCCUAUGUGCGGGCGAGUCGAAUGUAAAAUGGAAUAAAUAUUAAAAUAAAAAGCUAACAAUUCUUAAUAUUUA